AUGACCGACAGGGUGCUGAGGCAGCACUCGCUGAUCUCCGUUGGUCCACAAGCAGAAGCACUAGCGGCGGCGUCCGGCACAGUCACGUCUCCCUCACCUGGGGCCAGGUCCUCAAUUACACGCAGCAACAGCAGUCCAAACAUCAGCGUUGACGCGAGCGGAAAGCCAUCCUCAGGGCUACCAGGUACAGAAAGCUUGCAGUCAUGGGCAAAGCCAGCCGGUUUUCAGCAGGGAGAUCAAGCUGCACAGGCUGGCGUGGAUUAUACACCUCAUCAGAGCCCCGACUUUGCAGAGUCACCGACAGAAGACAUUGUGCAAAUACCUUACCACCAGUCCAAGGAAUUCACGGUUGGCGUUUCAGCCGAAGCUCUGGGGUUCACUUCCCCGGCCAUUAAUGCCUCUAACCUCAGCAGCGCAUCUAAGGCUUUGCGUCGCGAGUCUCGAAGCCGCAUUAUAACUGGUGCCAUAGCGGAUACAGGCGGCACGAAGCAGCAAGAUUCGCAAAACGCCGGCAUCGGAUCACGUUUUGGCGGGCAGCCUGGAAUUUCUGAGGGCCACAGGCUGCGCCUGGCUGCAGCGGAGCUGGCUUUGAACAGCCUUGCAACCGCGUUGGGAUCAAGGCACCUCCCGCAUGGGACUUCAGUCGAGGGUGCCGUCCGUGCCGCGCUUGGCGUGACGGGAAAAGCACUUGCUGACUCGCCGCCUGGGAUCCCUCCACAGUCCAAAAUGCAUCCACCGCCACAGGAGGCGUUGAUGGGCGGCGCAGCAAAACAUGCUCAUUUCAUGGAGCACGGCAUAUCCAGUCGGGGUUCUUCACCGGAUAGAGUCACCGGAGAGCGUCAGCGCAAGCUUGCAAAAUUUGGCAGUUCAAGCGGCAGCCCUGACCGGCGUGAGGAUGGAACUCAGCGCCCGCGGCUGGGCACACUGCGCAUUGGUGCCGAACCUGAUGCCGCAGCCGGUCUGCGUUCGCGUUCUGAUGGGGGUGGUAUUCCGUUGCGUGGGCUGCCGUCGAGGCCGGCAGCUUCGGCACUACUGAGCAUACCGGUCGCACACCGGCGGGCGGCCGGUAAGCAUGAUGGUGACAGCCGAACUGUAAGCAAGGUCAACAGGAUAUUCCUUGAUCGAUCGCGAUGCGAGUCGUCACCAUCGCGGUCCAUGGAACGAACCGAUGAGCAGAAGCUGGACAAGCCUACCUUUGCCAGCAAUGGCAACGGCAGCGAUGGAGCUGAUGCAGCCGCGGCUGCGGGCGCCGUCUUCCUGAAGCGUUUGGCCCGAUUCCCGUUGGCAGCUGCACGCAUGGGAGCUGCCGCAGCUUCAGUGGAUGCUAGAGCCGCCAUAGCCGCCACGCGGGCCGCGUCACCUCCCAUGAUGACGGGCGCGGGUUCGCUUGCCACAAGCACGGCCAGCAGAAGCAGCCCCAGCUCCGUCGGGGUUAGGGACCCGGCGCGCAGGUCGCCGCCGGGAUCCCCAGCAUCGACGCCAACAGCCGGGCUGGCGAGCGUACAUCAGCAGGGCUCUACCCUUAUGACCAGUCCGAGUGCGUCAGAGCCAGGCAAGGAGCAGCCCACGAGUAGCCCCCGGCUGGGCUAUGCCUCUGCCAUCGCUGCGGCUGCUGGCGCCGCUGUAAGGUCCAUGGCUGCAGCUCAGCCGCCACGCGAGGGACGCUACAUGCGGUUGCUCUCACCCAUGUCGCCACGGUCGAUAUCGCCAGGAGCAACUGCUAAUCAACAGUCGAUAUCGGGCUCUGAAUGGAAGCCGACAGCCGCGUCCUACCGGACCACGCAAGAUGAUCGGCAGCAAACAUCAUUUUCGUUUGCUCUUGCAGAGGCCACUAGCCCAAGGAGAUCACCGGCCAGCGCCGGCUCCGGCUUGGGGCGCCAGCCUGUCGCCGCCAGCCGACUCAUUACGCCCCUGCAUUUGCUGCGCGAUGCUGCAACCAGCCCGGACAGGCUUGUGGGCACUGAGCCUGGCGGACGACGGUAUUCCACUUCGCCCUCGCCAACAAGGGGCCCGAAUUCGCUAACGCUCAAGGAGCCCCGCAUCCACUCGACCGGUAGUAAAGGGAGUAACGUCCCCGAACCCAUGGACUUACCUGAGCUCGUGGGAAUCACAAAGCGAUUGGAUACCCUCCUGCGGCAAGUCAACAGCACGCAUAGCCAUAGUGAGGGCACCUACGAAAAUGUGACUGUGUCAGAUGGCUUCAGCUCAAGAGCCUCUCUUUUACCGGUCGUCAUGAUGGAUAAUCGAUUGGCCUCGUCAACCCAGAUAGAUGCGGGUGCUGAGGCGGACAAGGCCAUUCUACGGCAGCUUGCCGACAUCGAGCGAGACAUGGAGGGCCUCAUAUCCCCGCAGAAGCCUGCAGUCGAUAAGCUAAUGAGUCCCCUACGAGAAUCCCUGGGGCGGUCCCCUGCACUCAGCCCUACCCGUGGACCUAGGAGCACCAUAGAGCCGCCCUCUUGGAGUAGCACGACCACAGCUACGGCCAUUGCGCUGUCGCAGACGCUGGCCGCGUUGCAGCGCACGACUCGCCUGGAGGCUGCUGCUGUUAACCUCAGGACAGUCAGGGCGCGGGCAAGCAGUCCGACGCGAACGGCAGCGGUGGUGGCCGCUACUGCGGUGGCCACGAAGCAUGCGACAGGUUCUGAGUGCAACAUUGGUCCACCGAGGCCGCCGCCGACCACCAGCAAUAGUCCACCGAAGCGCCCGACAAUGACCGAAGCGGCGAAGACCAGCAGCGGCUCAGCCGCGGGGCUAAAGACGCUUGCAGCUGUGCAGUCAAAACCAAUGGCGCGGAUUGAACCCUUGGUUCUAACAGAGCCGAGCCGCGCAAUGUCUCCUGACAGUCCCCGCGUAGUGCGAGCUGGCCUGAUGGUAGCAAUGCCAACGGCCAAACUUGCCGCGUUUGACUGGGAGCGCAUAUUUGCGGAAGCUGCCGGACGCUCACGUUCUACACCACGUAUUUACGCCGACAUCAGGGAUGUGGGUCGGUACGGCCACAGUGGUGACCGCAAAAGCAGGAACGGCACCAGGCUGGGCUCCGGAGAUGGACCUCACUCGCGGUCCGUCUCAGUAGGUGGAUCCUACUCGCCUCACGAUCUAGUGCGCAAUAAUGCGCAGCUCGGCCUAGGAGCUCUGGGGAGAGCCGGGGGCCACGCUGCCGGCUCGCAGGUUGUGCCUCAACGCUCCCUAGGGGAAUCCGGUCAUUACGGGACCGUUGCAGCCGCGGCCGGCGGCUACAGCAAACCCCAGACAGUGCAGGCACUAGUGGGCGACGCUGGCGGUGUUGCGUUGGGCGGGCCGGGAUUGCAGCUCCUGAGUGCGUUGGACCAGUCAGCAUUAGCUCGUGGACUGAGCCACGUCGAGUUUCAGGCAAGGCAAGCAGGUCAGCGUUCAUCCCCUCGCGGUACAGCGACCGUCGACGCAGCCGGUCUGCACAGGCCACAAGAUUUCUAUCCAACCUCGCCUGCUGGUUUGCCAUCCGUCACACGGAUGCUGUGGAUGUCCCCUGCCGCCGUUAUGACACCGAAGGCACCCUCAUCACAGCCCCCCUCAUCGCUGUCGCCAUUGGUGUACUCUCCCAGGGAAGACACGAUAGCCAACUUCGGCGCUGGCAAGCGUGUGAUUGGAGCAAACACGAGUCUUUCUAUAAUCCUUGCAUCUGCCGGCAGGGAACAGAGCCGGGGACGUAACCCCAAGUCCGUGCUCCUGACCGACGCCCCGGGCCUCACCACCAGCCCACGCAGCGACCACGCCAGCUCGCCGCGACCGACCCACCUUGCGCAUGGGGGUACCACAAUGAGCUCAGCUUGGGUGGCGCCAAGCACGCCGGCGUACGUUAACGCUGCUGACAGCGGCGGAGGUACUGCCAUACAGCAACAAACAAGGCACAAAAGAGCAGGCCACUGGAAGCUACCCCCACCGGCUGCCAUGGUAGGCGCUGUGGAUGGAGCAACCGCAGGUGCUGUCGUGGGCACUGGCUGCGAAGCCGCGCGCAACCGUGUACAUGAACCUGACCCGAGCCUCCUCCGCGUACUGCAGCAGCUGCGGAGCAGUAAGCUUAGCGGCGGCGGCAGCGCAGCCUGCGGCAAUGGAAGCAACGGUGGCAGCAGCAGCCACCUGGUUGACUGCGGGAGCAGCGACGGCGGAAGCGCCAUCAGUAUCACCAAUGCAAUUGGUGGUCCGGCACUUCGCAACCGUGGCAAGGCACAGAGCGGGCACCGAUAUGGCAGCUGUGGUGAAAGAUGCGACGCCGAUAUGGCAAAUGGAAAGGUAGUCGAUGCCCCUCGGUCAUCCGGCUCGUUCAAUGCAGCUGUCCUAACGCGGCCAGACCCUGCACGGCAGCCGCAGGGGCGACACCGACCGCGGCUCGUUGACGUGGGACUGCAAUGCGGCCAGCCCGCCUCUGCCCUUACAUCGGCGGGCGACUGGCAUGAUGUGCCUUCUGCUUUCCAGUCCUUGCAUGAAGAGUCCGAGGACAGUAUUGCCCGGUUGUCAGAGUAUAGCUUCGCACCGGGGCUCGAAAGCAGCUCCAGUAUGUUGGGCCCAGCUGCAAGGCCAACCGCCGGGAGCGGCCCUGAGGCCACAGGGUCCGACUCAGAUGACGUGCACAGUCAAGUUGGUUUAUGCAGGAACCUACGAGGUGAGGUGAACGCUGCCUUCGCCUGCAAAGCGGAGAAUGACGGUAUGGAUGCGAGUCCAGUUGCACCUGGAGCCUAUGGCGGUGGCAAUGAAUACUGCAGCGGCAGCAGUAAGGACGGCAAGGGCGGUGGCUCAUCAGACAGCAUGGGGGGAAUUGGUGUCCCCGAUCUUCCUGGGUCGCGGAUCGGGGGCUUUGGCCUCGUGCUUCCGUGGGGCCGAACUCAGUUUGCGGAGUCUCCAGGCGGCGCCGAUUCUGAAGCGCUGGUCGAUGCAAAGGGAUUGGCUCCGCUUGUGGCGGAGCCCGUGGAGUUAGGGUUGCAGACAGUGGUUCCCUUGAUGCCUCUGAUGGUGGCGGGCUCAGCUAUGGGCGUGACAAUGGCGGGCCAUGGAUCUAUCGGUAUGGAGAUGGAGCUUUUCUCAUGCGAUGUUACCAUCCUCAGUCCUGGCUCCAGCGGUGUGGGCAGCAUUAAGACGCCUCGUGAGGUGUUGAGUGCGCGCGAUGCUGAUAGGGAGGUGCAGCCCGACCAAAUGGAUGCCGCAGCUGCUGCACCUGCAAAACCGGAGGGCUGCGAAGUGGAAGAGGCUGUGGGGGUGCUGGGGAUUCCCGCUCGCGGCGCGGUGGUCGGCGAUCCAGGCGUUGAGGUGGGGCUGCGGCUGCCGCUGCUGCUCGACGUGCUGCAGGACCCGUCAAUUAAAGCGAUAUUGCCGGCAAGCGUGGUGGCCGAGCAGGUGGGGCCGGCUCUAGCCAUUGAUGGCGGCCUGUCCGGUAAUGGGGACCGCGCAGCAUCGCCAAGGCGGGGGCUGCCAGGCGUUCCCUCCACUGCGCCCAGAUGCAAGACUGAUGAGAGUCCAUGCAACCCGCCAACGGCCAUAGAUGUCCUCACAGAGUCUGCCGCUCUUGCACAACCGCCGAGGGCGCUGGUGGCUCCAACGGCGUGGCUUGAAAUGGAUGCCGACCAGGUUCUAGUUGCGGAUGACGGCGAGUACUCUGUCAAGGGAAGCGGGAGAACGAGUCCCGGCAGCUCCAAUAACAGCAGCAGCAGCAAAGGUCCAAGAAAGGCCGACAUCGAGGCUGCAGCACACGGGUCCAGCACGCCGAUUCCCGGUGCUGACAGUCCUGCGGCAGCGCUUCCUUGGCCGAAGUCAAUCACAACGGGAAUGCGCCCAGAGAUGCUGAUGGGUUGCGCUUCUGCCUGCCGCCCUUCAUCCGAGGACAUGGACACUGGCCGUCUGACUCACAGGGAUGAGGUAGCAGCCGCCGGAAACAGGACUGAGCAUGAAGCUGCUUCUGCUACAGCCAGUCUGGCGGUCUGCAGUAACGCGCAAGAGCCGUCAGGCAGGUGCACGGUGUCUAAUGCUGGUGCUGUGGCUAUCCUCGUAUCGGCAUCGAUGAAUAGCGAUUCCUCACAAGAGCAUCUUCAGCGGUGGAUGCGCACUCCACACUCCGCCGCUGCACCUCCCCGCAGCUGGCAACUCCAGAACCUCGUUCAGGAGCAGCUCCAACAGCAGCCGCUGCUGCAGCCAUGGCAACCGAGAACCGAUAAGCUGCCCAGCGACAACUCUUUCCCAUCCAGCGGUUCCUGCAGCUUCCGUGCUGCGUGCACACAGGCCGGGUUGAAAGCGCAAUUGGGUUUCGGCUACUUCGCGGUUACCGAGCCAGAAGCUGCAGACGUUGCUCAACGUUUCAGCAAUACCAGAAAGGCGGGAGGAAGCGGUCAUGAUGACGAUAAUGGCGAUAAUGCCGAGGCCAACGGCAGCAUGGGCAGCGGUGAAAGGAGCGGCCGCAUUGAGGUUGCUGAUGGCACAGGAGGAGACAGCGAUAGCAACUGCCAUGGUGCUCGUCACGGGGCCGAAGGACACGAAUUGGCUGAUGUGCACAUGGAAGGUCCAGGAAGCUUCAGCAUGGGCGCAAAAGACACGAGCGGCUGUGAUGACAGAGUGCAGGGCGGCGAUCACAAGGGCCAUAUCAGCAGUUGCUCAGGCGCGGUGAAGGCGUGUGCACAGCCGCGAGUGAAGGGAGUCGACAUAGAACACGGCAUGCAAGCAAGCCCGGGCUUCGGGGGGGAAGGGUCGUCGGAUGGUGAUGUGGCGGAACCGGAACUGCCAUUAUCAAGUCUCGGGCUCUCGGAGCCGCAUCGGCAGGACACAUGCGACGCCGACGAGGCUGCUGCCGGGAGUGACAGCAGCCCAGUACCUGCCCGCGCGGCCGACAGUCCAUCAUCUGCGUCCGCUCCAACUCCGGGGCCAUUGCCGUUCGUGGCCGUUGCACAGUACCGCUCUGAGGAAACGGUGGUGAGCCUUUCGAGCAGCGCCUCACCAGCAACGACAGCUCGGCACUGUGGCUGUUGUGGUGAGGAACAUGCAGCUGGGGGACAGGAUGCAGCUGAGGACGCGAAGCGAGAACCGGAGCCUGAACCUGAUUUCAGUCCCGACCUGGCCAAAUGUAGGCUGUCCAGGGAGGCCAGCAUGUACCGGCGGGUAGAUCUCAUCGCAGCAGACGUCGUCUUCCCCGUUUGCACAGACCUCACGGGCUACGCCGUGGUUUCCAACCAAAUAGCCCAGCAACCCCAAGACGCGGUGCCGAAGCAGGCAAAACCGGCAACGGCAACAGCAGUGUCGGCGUCGCCACUGACAGUGUGCAACAAAGGAGCAGCCAGCCUGCGGGGCAACAGCCGUCAGAUCACACUGCUCGAACCUGCAGGGCCGCCGCACAGACCACCGGAAUUCGGAGCUCCGGAGAUGGAUGGCGGCAAUGAUACCGCUGAUGCCACACCCGGAAUAAUUGAUGACCGCCUGCAAGCCGGUGUCCGUCUAUCCCUGGAGGAAGAGCAAGUACAGCACCCGCCAUCCGCUCCUGCGCAACCUACAGCAGCUGUUGCUGCAGCAGGAUGGAAUCCCGGCUGGAUCACACCUCUGCAGCGACGCUUGCCGCAGCCGGGCGGCUGCCGCAGCAUUGACGUCGUUGUCCAUGCCACACCAGUACCAGCUUCCAAUGCGCAGCUGGCUACACCCUUCGGGCUGCACCCAGACGGCCUCGGCGCCAUGUCCGGCACUCGCCCAAGGACCGUGAACGGGGCGCCACCUCGGUACGCGGCCUUGCGGGAAAGCUCCGAGUCACCCCCCCGCCGGCGAAGGCAUGGUUCAGUCGGCCCCGGAAAGAUGACGGGAGGCAGUGGAGCUGCCAGCUCCUGUCUAGGGUCUGGCGUGCAACUGUCACCCGCAUCGUCAUCACCAUCCAGUCAGUCUGAGGGCGGCGGUGGAGACGAGAGCUCUGCGGCGUUGAGCAACAGGUCGCUGGAACAGGAUGGGUCGCCCGUGCAGUCCGGAUGCAGCGUGUGCGCUGCAACGACGGAAUGUGAGCAUGUAGCAGUCGCGAAUGCCGGCACAGCAGUCGACGCGGCAGUCGCAACAGCGGCAAAUGCAGCUGCCAACGAGUCCAUGGGAGCAGGAACCAUGGCUGCAACCGCAACGGCUGAAGCGUCCACAGCCGAAGAGUGUGGCAGCCUUGUUAUCGGGCCCAGGAUCCCUGGCUUUCAGGUUCCCGACCCGACUGACCUGCGCCAUGCACCUGCCACAUGUCCCCCGAACCUAGUGAACCGAGUUCCGGAUGCACCGCUAGCGGUGGUAGCAGCGGCACCAGCUCCUUUAGCAGCGACGCCUCCACUCCUUGGCUCGAAUCAGCAGCGACCAGGGCAUCACGGCCAUCGGCAUCCCGUUGGACAACUGCCGCAAAACAGCUACCCACGCGAGCUGCAUCGCCAACCAGGGCUGCUGCACAUGAGGCAACAUCAGGACAACGACACACGUGCGCAUACCCCUUUGUUAAACGGGUCUUUGGUACCGCGACCUGCCAGAACAACAGACGAUGGAGCGGAUCAGCAGUCCCCGGCCGUAAGGGUCCCGCAACUGGCCGCAGCUGCCCAGGGCGCGAUGCAGAUCAACAGGCCACCCCACGCGCCAGUGGCGUUCUCGCCGCAGAAGCACCACCAGCACCAGCAAACCUUGCUCUCCUCCAAGAUGGCUCCCAACACCCAACAAAAGCAGCAACUGCAGGCGCAAUACCAGCAACCAUUGCGGAAGCGGCAAUGUCAACAGCAACUGCAGGAGUUUCCGUCGCAGCAGCAGCUGCAUCGGCAUUUACAAAUCGCCCCUCAUCAAGAUCAUCAUCAGCAGCAGUACGUACCACUGGCCUGGCCACCGCGGCCCCAACAGCAGCAUGGCAUAGCCCCGCAGCAGCAACAACAGCAUCACGUGCAACUGGCCCCUCCGCCGCCGCCGCCGCAGAAGCAGCAAAUACAAACAGCAAUGCAGAAGCAGAAGCAGCGCUUGCCGCAGCGGCAUCAGGAGCAGUGGUUACAGCAAGGCACGUGGACGGAAACCGAGGAGCAGCCGGCACAAGGCUUUGUGGCGGUGGACCCGGGCCCUGGCCGCAGCAGCAGUUCACUUGCCCGCCCAGCAGCACCGCCAUCUUUAGGCGUUGCACCAAGAACGGUCCUGCCUUCACCACAUGUGGAGGGGGGUGGCGUCCUGCCGGAGCGCCGCGCCGCAAUGGCCAACGCAGCCUCCCAGCUCACAGCCAUUAUCUGUCCGCCGCGGCUAUCAUCUACACUCAUAGGUCCUUUGGAGUCGAUGGACGCAAGUAGUUACGAAGUGUCCGGUGGUGCUGAUUACAAGGGAUGGGCGCAUCAAACCGAUGCGAGGCCGCAUAUCCAUGAGGAGAGGCACGUGUUUGCGGGGACGGGGGGCCAGGGUCAGGGUUCGGGGCUACAGCACCCACCGGCGCAGGAGCAAGCGCAGGAGCCUUGGCCAGGCCUUAUGCACCGAAGCUGUGUCCUGUCACCGGAUCUUCGUCACCGGGGGGUGUCCCGUAGCGGCCGGGGGUCGACGGCUAGGAUGGGUAAAGAGGACGUAUGGCACGGCGGCAAAGGGUUGCUUGAGCGUGAAUUUGUCGAAAUGCAGCGCGUGGCGGGGGAUGUGGCGGGGCGGUCGGCUGGGGGCGGUGUCCACGGGGUGUUUGUUGCGACGGGGCUGCCAGCUGCGGCAGUGGGGGCAGCAGCACGGGCUGGGGUGACGCAAGCACUGGAAGGAGUACCCAUGGCGGCGCUGACCCACCCUGCCGCUGGCCCCUUGCAAGCACAGCAGCAGCAGCAGCCACCGGCGCAGCGGCAAGCAUCGUCAGCACUGGUGGCAUCACUACGCCAGUUGAACAGUGCGACACAGAGCACGUGUGCGCGGAUGUUGGAGUUGUACUACCAUAAAACGGACACGUCUUGA